AUGGAUUCACAUUAUGCUAGAGCUCCUAAUCAUGAAAUGUAACUCAUCUCUCUACUAGUAGGAUGCACUAAUUAUCCUGACUAUGAAUCUGCUAAGCCUGCUAUUGAUUUGAGAAGAGUAAAAAAUUAUUUGAAGACUAUUUAAUUUGAGUCCACAGAGAUCAUAAAUCCAACUAUUAUCGAUUUUAAAGCUGAAUUAACAAAAAUCUAGUAGACAAUGCCUACUGUUUCACAUAGUGUGCUUUUUAUCUAUUUUUCUGGAAAAGCCAAAAUAAUUAACGACAAAACCUGUUUAAUUUUAAUGAAUAGAGAUGGUUAAGAACUUGAGUUAGAUGUGAUUGAUCAUUUAAAAAGCGAGGGCUACAACUAGAAUUAUGAAAUAGUAUUCUUAAAAGAUAUUGAUGUUCCUGGUCAUCAGUAAGAAAAUCAUUUGCAUGAGCAUAACUUGAAUCGGGCAAUCAAUGUAUCGAUAGUUCAAAAGUUAAAAAGUAUAGAAAUGAUCUCAAGCAGCUAGGAUUUUAAAGAUCAAGACCUGUUUGGUUGGGGAAUCAAAACUUCAACUAAUUAGAAACAGGCAUUACCUUCGGUUUUAUAUGCAAAAAUAUCUAAUGUAGUUUGCUAAGAAUUUAUGGAGUUAGUUAAGGAUGACAAAAUAGCUAAUCAAUUUUGCAGAUUUGAUCACUCUAUCUAGAUAACUGAUUAGAGAUAAGACUUGAAAAUUCAGGAACUAGUAGACUUUUUUAAUAUUGAAAACAAUUACUUAUUCUUUGAAGAUAAUUCAAUGAGCGAUAUUAUGGAAAGAUGCAGCAUCAAGAACUUCUAUCUAGUAUCAAAUGAGGAAAUGGCAAUUAUUUUUGAUGGAUAAAAAUUUGAGAAAAUAUUUGAGUACUAGACACUUAGUAUUGAUGGUGAGCACCUUGGUGAUUGCACCAAAACCAUAAGUAGACAAUUCCUAAAGGGGGGGCAAUAUGUAACAUCUAUUUUGCCUGUUCACAAUGGAAAAUCACUUAUAUUCGGUACAAACACUGGAUAUAUUAAUACCUUUGAAUACAUAAAAUCAUCAAGUGAUUUAACCUACGGGAAUUAUGCUAUUAAUAAAGAUGUAACUGAAAAUGGUGUAGUAUCAGAAGUAAAGGACAUGAUAUUUUAUAAAGAUGCAAUAUUCUUAGCAAUUAUCGCAAACUAUGUGAGUAUUUUCAGGUAUGAUUCUAACUACCAAAAGUGCUAUAGCAAUAUAAUCUAUCUCAAAUCUAUAAAAUUUGAAUUCAAUCUCAACAAACUAAAGCUAUCACAUACUGGCCAUUUAAUUGCUAUUGAAACAUUUCAUUACUAUAUUUUAGGGGAAAACUUUGACGAUAUUGCUUUCUUGCAAGAUCCAUACAUGCAAAAUGUUCCUAUAAAGCAGGGUACUCAUCACUAAUUUGAUGCAGGAGAUUACAUAAAUCACAAGGAUUUGAAAAAGCAAGUAUAUUUAACAGCAAAUGAAAAUACCAUAUUUUGUAACACUCAUAAUGUAGAUGGUAAUUAGUAUUAAAUCUAAAUCUAUUCUAAUAAUUACCAUGAAGUUGAAUUUACAGAUGGUCCUUUAUUCAAUAGAAUUAAAAAAGAUUUGAUGAUUAUACCGACUAAGAGAAAUGAUGGAACAUAUCUUGAUUUUUACGAACUAGAAAACCCUUUAUUUGAAUUUGUAAUUCCAACUAUGCAAUAAAAUCCCAAUAAUUGA